AAAAAAACUUUCUAUGUUUACUUUCUAUCUUUCUUUGGCUUUCUUGAAGCACUGUAACUCAACCAAACUAUUUCCAAAUACCACACACCAAUUGAAGUACAAGAGAACACCAAGUCAAGCCCCUUGUUGCAAAGAGUCAAACCCCAUUUGCAUUACAAAACCUAUAAGUGGCACACAGUUUGGUGUGUUAGUUCAUCUCCCUAUCUUGCUCUCUGUCUCCUCUUCUUCACAUAACAUAGCCAAUACAUGCAUUUCUUCAAUCACUUUGCGUGCAUACAAACGCACAAUGGGGUCACCAUUCAGGCCAAUCUCAUGCACCAGAAAAACUCCAUACAGAAUAGAAACCAGGAACUUGUCAUACAGGUUGUGCAGCCAAGUUGAUGAGUAUAGAAGUCUUUGUUUUGGUUCCAGUCCAGGGAGAGGUGCCAAGUUCAUUUUGAAGGAUGUGAAUUGCGAGGCAAGGCCAGGGGAGCUGACUGCCAUUGCUGGUCCUAGUGGAGCUGGAAAAACCACACUACUUGAGAUUCUUGCAGGAAGAAUACCCCCAUGUAAUAAAGUUUCUGGUCAUGUGCUUGUCAAUCAUAAGCCUAUGGAUGUGAACUGGUUUAGAAGAGCAUCAGGGUAUGUGACACAAGAUGAUGCUUUAUUCCCUUCUCUGACAGUUAGAGAGACACUGAUGUAUAGUGCCAUGUUGAGGCUUCCUGGGGGAAGAAAAGUUGCUGCUGUCAGAGUUGAAGAGUUGAUGAAGGAGCUUGGGUUGGAGCAUAUUGCAGAUUCAAGGAUUGGAGGUGGAACAGACCAUGGUAUAUCUGGAGGAGAAAGGCGUAGAGUUUCCAUUGGUGUGGACUUGGUUCAUGACCCUGCUGUUAUUUUGAUUGAUGAACCAACUUCAGGGUUGGAUUCAGCAUCAGCUCUUAAUGUAGUCUCAUUGCUUAGACUUGUGGCGUUUAAUCAAGGUAAGACAAUUAUCUUAACUAUCCACCAACCUGGUUUCCGAAUCUUAGAGCUGUUUGAUGGUCUUAUUUUGCUGUCCGAUGGAUUUGUGAUGCAUAAUGGAUCAUUGAGUCUUCUUGAGGCUAGACUCAAGUUAGCUGGGCACCACAUUCCUGACCAUGUCAAUGUGCUUGAGUUUGCUCUUGAUGUGAUGGAAAGCUUGGUUAUACAUACUUCAGAAUCUGGGAACAACCAGUUUCUGGUGAGAGAGAACCAAGAUCAUAAAAUGAGAAUGCAGCACUCUAAGGUUGUCAAAGUAAAGGCAAUUGCAUAUUCAAAUUCUCCUACGGAGGAGAUUGCAAUCCUGGGACAAAGAUUUUGCUGCAACAUAUUCAGAACCAAGCAAUUGUUUGUGAGCAGAAUCAUACAGGCCAUAGUAGCUGGUUUUAUUCUGGGGAGCAUAUUUUUGAAUGUUGGCAAUGAAAAAAGUCAUGUAGCAUUGCAAACAAGAAGUGGAUUCUUUGCUUUCAGCCUUACCUUUUUGUUAUCAUCUACAACAGAAGGCUUGCCUAUUUUCUUGGAUGAGAGAAGAAGUUUUAUGAGAGAGACCUCUGGAGGAGCUUAUAGAGUUUGUUCCUAUGUUUUAGCUAAUGCCCUUGUGUUCCUUCCCUUCCUUCUAUUGGUUGGUCUUCUGUACUCUACUCCAGUUUAUUGGCUUGUAGGAUUAAGGAAAGAUAUCGAUGGUUUCCUUUACUUCUCCUUGGUGGUUUGGUUGGUUCUACUCAUGUCCAAUUCUCUUGUGGCUUGUUUUAGCGCUCUGGUGCCAAAUUUCAUCCUGGGAACCUCAGUGAUUGCAGGUCUAAUGGGGUCUUUCUUUCUAUUUUCAGGAUAUUUCAUAUCUCAAGAAAAAAUACCAAGUUAUUGGAUUUUUAUGCACUAUUUGAGCCUAUUCAAGUAUCCAUUUGAGUGCCUUAUGAUAAAUGAGUAUGGGGGAGAGAGAGGGAAGACGAGGUGCUUAGAAAUUAGCAAUGGAAAAUGCAUACUACAUGGAGUUGAAUUCUUAAGACAACAGGGUCUAAAAGAUUCACAAAAAUGGAGCAAUUUGCCUGUAAUGUUGAGUUUCAUAGUGGGAUACAGAGUGCUUAACUUUUUCAUUCUUUGGUUCAGAUGCUACAGGACAAGAAAAUAGAUCAGAUUUACAACA